GAUUUUCAAAAAGGUUAUUCAUUUUAAUUUCAUACAUUGCUCUAAUAUUGUAUUAAAUACGCUCGUAACAAAUUACGUUCCAACAAAAUGGUAAAAAGUGCUGCAGGCGUUAAUAAUUAUGUUUCGUAAAAAAAUACCUAAGACAUCUAACGAGGAAAAUUCAAAAGAUAAGACAGGGGCAAAUGUGGUAGAAACCAAUCGUAAAGAACACAUGUCCUUAACUGAAAGUGAGAAACACGAAUACCUCCAGCUUUCAGAACUGGAGAGAAUUCUUGACCAAGAACUAUCAGAUUUAACAAUUCAAGAGAAAGAAUUUUCUUCUACCGAAGAAACUAUGGAUUUAUUACAUAAAUAUAACGAUAUUAAAGAUAUAACUCAAGCGGUUAUGGGUACGAUAGCUGUGUCAAAUGGAACUACAGUUAGGAGAUUAGAGUGGUUCAACGUCACUGAGGGACUAUCCGUAUAUCAACAUCUGGUUGGGAAGAUAAUUAUUUUGGACUUUUUUACAUAUUGUUGCAUCAAUUGUAUGCACAUUUUACCGGAUUUACAUGCUCUUGAAGAACGAUUCACCAUCAAAGACGGUCUUGUUGUGGUUGGAGUACACAGCGGAAAAUUUACAAACGAACGUGAUUCAAAAGGACUAUUAUCGGCUAUACAAAGGUAUAAUAUAACGCAUCCAGUUGUAAAUGACGCGACGCUAUCAACAUGGCGCAAUUUAGGAAUCUCUUGUUGGCCAACUCUAGUAAUGAUAGGUCCUCUAGGGGAAUUACUUGCAGUUUUCGUGGGCGAAGGCCAUCGGGAGGAAUUAAAGUUGUAUACGGAUGUAGCAUUAACAUACUUUAAGUCGUUAAACAAAAUAUCCGAGCAUGAUGUACCUUUACAGUUAGCACGGCAUUUAUUGCCUGUCGGUGGGAAUGAAGCACUUUUAUUCCCCAGUAAGUUGGAAACUUUUCAGAUCGAGCAGGGGGAAAAAUUGAUCAUAUCUGACACUGGCAACAAUAGGAUUUUAGUGACAGAUAUGUUGGGUAAGGUGGAAUAUGUUAUCGGUGGUUCGAAUCCGGAUUUCAGAGAUGGGGAUUUUCAAACUGCCAGAUUUAACGCACCUCAGGGGGUGUGCAUAUUGGGUAGUUGGAUCUUCGUAGCCGAUAACGAGAAUCACGCAGUUCGAAAGAUAGACUUGACGAGGAAAAUCGUUACCACGGUCGCUGGUACAGGUGUUCAAGGCUUCGAUCGUAUCGGAGGUAAAUCAGGCAAAGAUCAACUUCUCUCUUCUCCGUGGGAUGUUGCUAUUUUUAAUCACGAAUACGAUAACAAGAUUGUACCUGUGUUAUUGGUCGCCAUGGCAGGUAUACAUCAGAUUUGGGCAGUUUUUCUGGAAAAUACCGUCUGGUGGAAAAACAAAGAGUAUAAAGCGGAUUCGUGUGUUGCAAUAGUAGGAAAUGGUAGAGAGGAGAAUCGUAACAAUGCGUAUCCUCACGCAGCAGGUUUCGCGCAACCAUCUGGUUUGACCAUCGAUCAGAGAAACAAGAUUGCUUAUAUUGCGGAUAGCGAAAGCAGUGCUAUCAGACGUAUAGAUUUACAGAAUGGACGAGUUUCAGUCGUUUGUGGUGGAAACAAAAAUCCUGCGGUUAGUUUAAAGGAAAAUGUCUCGUGCAACGCUACUUACAUAUUCAUAUUAUGUAUAUCGAUAAGGAUUCAUUGGAAUUUCGUUAGUUACGAAAGCCCUGUCGAUAUCGCAGGAUCUACACGAUUUCGGGGAUUCCGACGGCACACGGUAUACCGUGAAACUUCAACAUCCUUUGGGAAUAACAUGCCAUUCGAAAGAGAACGUCAUCUAUGUAGCUGAUACUUACAAUCAUAAAAUAAAAAGAAUCGAAGCGAG